UCGCCGCCGCACAUCCUUUCGCUUCCUCUGCCGGGUAUCAAACAGGCUGCAGGAUGUCCAUAGUGAAUAUUGUUGCCAGGGAGAUCCUGGACUCCCGGGGAAACCCAACAGUGGAAGUGGAUCUUCAUACCAAUAAAGGUCUGUUCAGGGCCGCGGUGCCGAGCGGCGCCUCCACCGGCAUUUACGAGGCUCUGGAACUCCGAGAUGGUGACAAAACUCGCUACAAGGGCAAAGGCGUCACCAAAGCAGUCGGUCAUAUUAAUGACACGCUUGGACCGGCCCUCAUUGAGUCAGGGAUCAGCGUGCUGGAGCAAGAGAAACUGGACAAUUUGAUGAUCGAAAUGGACGGCACCGAAAACAAAUCUAAGUUUGGGGCUAACGCUAUUCUGGGUGUCUCACUGGCCAUAUGCAAGGCCGGAGCGGCGGAGAAAGACACGCCCCUCUACCGUCACAUCGCCGAUCUGGCGGGAAACCGAGACCUGGUUCUCCCGGUACCUGCCUUUAAUGUGAUCAACGGGGGGUCUCAUGCCGGGAAUAGGCUCGCUAUGCAGGAGUUUAUGGUACUGCCCGUAGGGGCGGAGUCAUUCCGUGAGGCCUUGCGCGUGGGGGCGGAGCUGUACCAGACGCUGCGGGGCGUGAUCAAGGAGAAAUACGGUCAAGAUGCAACAAAUGUGGGCGACGAAGGGGGAUUCGCACCCAACAUCCAGGAGAACAGUGAAGCAUUGGAGCUGAUCAAGACAGCCAUCGAGAAGGCAGGCUUCACUGACAAAGUGGUCAUCGGCAUGGACGUGGCCGCCUCCGAAUUUUUCAUGGAGGGCAAUUACGACCUGGACUUCAAAUCCCCGCCCAACGCCGCGCGCAACAUCAGCGGCGAGGAGCUCGCUGCCAUCUACCAAGGCUUCAUCAACAACUACCCAGUUGUUUCCAUCGAAGACCCUUUCGACCAGGAUGACUGGCCAGCUUGGACUCAGUUCACUGCCUCGGUGGGAAUUCAGGUGGUUGGGGAUGAUCUGACCGUCACCAACCCGCGUCGGAUCCAACGUGCCGUGGACGACAAGGCCUGCAACUGCCUGCUGCUUAAAGUCAACCAGAUCGGCUCUAUUACGGAGGCCAUCAAGGCUUGUAAACUAGCUCAGGAGAACGGCUGGGGCGUGAUGGUGAGCCAUCGCUCGGGUGAGACCGAGGACACCUUCAUAGCGGACUUGGUGGUGGGUCUCUGCACUGGACAGAUUAAAACCGGAGCCCCCUGUCGCUCGGAACGUUUGGCCAAGUACAAUCAGCUCAUGAGGAUUGAGGAAGAGUUGGGUGAGCAGGCUCGCUUUGCCGGACACAACUUUCGCAAUCCCAGCGCACUCUGAGCACCCGGCGCUGACGUCGGCAAUCGUUGCGAGAAAUGCUCUGUUGGGCAACAUUGAUCCCGGGCUUUGCCAUUAUGUGGCUGAAUUUGAUGCGAGCAUCCCCCUGCACUGACCUCCCGUCACUAAGUUCUCUCAACUGUGAAUGAUUUUUGUCCUUUAGUGUGUUUUUGUCAUCUUCCCUGACUUUCCUAUCGUGAAUGCGAAGCAGCUUUAAACAAAGUUAUGUUUGUGACUAAUUGUGGCAAAAAAGUAAGAUGGGUACAUGGUGAGUCCAUCCUCACAUCUCUAUAGUUUUUUGUUGUUUUAAUGUAAAUGUACAUUGACCUCCUGCAAAUUCUAAUGAGUCAGUGCAACUGCUUUAUCCAGCAGGCUUUACAAAUAUUUUUGUCCCUUUCUUGUAGCGAGUUAAGGUUACCAAAAUAUGAGAAACAGUUGUUGCUAUGUCACUGUGCACUUGUACAUCACCGCAGCCUACAACCGCAACAAUAAGCAGAUGAUUCAACUACUUGUGUGUAUUAUCACAGAUGACCACAAUAAAAUGUUCAC